AUGGCCUGGCCGCGGCGGCAGGUUGACGCCAGCAGGCGGGUCUGCGGACGCUGGCGCACGGGCCCCGCGGAGGCCGGCCUUCCUCGCGCCUUGCCUGGCUUCUCUGGAGACCCCGCUGUCCACCAGGACCGGCCUCUCUUCUCCCUCGGCUCUGCCCUCGGCCAGACGCUUUGCAGGGACAGGACCCUCCAGGACGGCUCGGUCCCCUGCCCCGCAGCCAGCCUCUGCCGUGAGACCUGCCGUCCUGGCCUCCGCUCCAGGGACUCUGCUGGGAGGGUCCUUCAGCAGCCGUGGACCUUCUGGCUAGGGAGGCAGCGGCCAGGGGCCUCGGCCCAGGACGGCCCCCCGGGAUCUGCCCUGCGGCCGGCUCAGCCCCGGGAACCAGGUGCGCUGCCCACUCACGGGGCACAGUGUCCGCCUCACAGGCGCCUGCCCGAAGCUGGCUGGCCCCACCCGGGCACCAGGUGCCAGCCGGGCACACAGCCCAGCCGGGAGCUCACGUGGUGGGCAGCCUGUGCCUGGCGGCUGGAGAGCGGGGUGUCUGCAGCACCGGCCUCCGGGGUCACCUCCGCCCGUCUGUGGAAGGACCCCGGUGCCCACGUGAAGGUGGGGUCCCUGGGCAGUGCAGGGUCCAGGCUGGCGUCCCCGCAGACGGAACGGGACUGCCAGGGACUGAGGGCAGCUGUGGUUUGGGGCCCGUCCUACAGGGCCUGGGCCCUCAAGGCUGCCAGGACCGAACUGGCACCUAUGCUCAGAGAGGUCAGGCGACAGCCCAGCAUCACACAGCAUCUGCCCCCGGCUGUGGAGCAGGGCUGGGGCCCAGGUCCAUCUGCCCAGAGCCCAUGUCUGUGCCUCUGCAGUCCCAGUCCUGGUCGCUGGGACAGGGACGCGGCUCCACGAUGGCCUUGA